AUGGCAAACUUUCCGGCUACGUUCGAGCAGCAUUUACGCGACUGGUAUCGAGUGAGGUGCGCUUCGAUCCUUGAUCUGAAAGGCUCAACAGAAAUUACGAAGGUGGUAUUAUUAUCUGAUGGUACCAAGGCCGAAUCCUUGCCCGGUCAUUUUCAUGGAAGCAUUGAAAACGGGCCAAGAGGUCGACAGUGGCGAAGCGGAGUGGCAAAGCAGAGUGGUGAAGCAGAGCAUGAAAGACAGGGGGUUGAAGGUGAGGGUGGUUUAAAGGGUAGGGGAACGGAUGACGUCAUAGUUGAGGGUUGCCCGGGCAACGGGGAAGCGGUUCGCCGCCGCGUCGGGACACCGUCGUGCGUCGCCACCGCCGCCGCGACGUAA